GCUAGAGGCUGCAACAGAUUAUUCCAGAAGGGAAUAUCUGUUGCAGCAGCUAGACAAGGUGCUCUCAGAUGACCGUUGCGCACAGGUGACUAAGCACCUGGCAAAGAUGAUCAUUCUAGAGCACAAGAUCACCAAUUCCCACUUCACGAACUGGGAUCAUCGUUUUGAUCGUUUGGAGAGUCGGGUUGACAACCUGGCCGCUCAACAGUCUAAGAUUCUGGAUGCGAUUCAGAACUUGAUUGCUCAGCUGUCAGCCGCCAAGCUGAUUGCUCCUCAGCUCCCUCUGAUAAAACCCAAACCUUCUCCUCCUCCUACCCCUCCAUCUCCCCCUCGAUCAGUGCAUUCUUCCCAGACACCACCUCAGUCCCAAAGAGCCUCAGGCAAAGCCACCUAUGCUGCUGUUACUGCAGGAGAUCAAAGAGGUCCCAAGAUCCCUGCACCCAACAAGUUCAGGGGUGAUGACCUCAAGACCGAUGUUGGGGAUUGGGCUGCAGGGACCACAGCCUACUUGAGGGGCUUUGUUUGCCCAAAACAGACCAAGGUGGCAACCGUUCUGGGACUGCUGGAGGGGCCUGCACAAAAGUGGGCAACUUCAACCUCCAGCAGUCUACAGCAAACUAUGGAGGACUGGGCUUUGGGACUGGGAGUGGACACGCUUCUGCAGGCCUUGGAAGAUCGCUUUGCAGACAAGGAGCGGGCCUGCAAAACUGCUAACAGGAUUGCUCGCCUGGGACAACAGCGCUACAACGGCUGCCUGCAAUCCUUGUUUGCAGAGUUCGAGCAGCUGACUUCCACACCAAGACUGGUGAUGUCUGCAGAUGACCUACUGACAAACUUCUGCAGGGCAGCCCCUGAGAAGUUUUCAGUUGCAUUGUACAACGCUGGACACAAGGACUGGAGGUCCUUUGGCCGUGCAGCCCUGGACAUGGAGGCAAAGCUUCAUGUUCAGGCCCCAUCCUCUGACAGGAGGAAAGGUGCCUUCCCUAGAGGUGGUAGAAAGGGAAAGGCAGCCUUUACUCAUGCGGGAUCUGCAUCAGAAUCCUUUUGCUAUGAGGAUCCUGACCCGGAUCAGGACCCGGAGCAAGAUCAGCUUCAAGCCCUUGCUGCCUUCUUCCUUCAUCUGAAGGAACAGAAGAAAAGCAAGUCUGAUCUCAUCAUGCUUCGGCCCUUGAUCAACCGCACCAGGAUCACUGGGCUAUUAGACUGUGGAGCCACCAGGAACUUCAUGUCUCCCAGUGCAGUUAAAAAACCGCAGCUGGGCAUGAAAGUUCAGCAGCUGCAGCAACCGCUGCUGGUGAGGAUUGGUGACUCUACAAUACUCAGCAUCAGGGAGAAGGUCAAGGGUAUCCCUGUGACCUUCCACAGUGCUGGAGAAGUCACACACAGUCUGAACUUCUACAUCUUCCUUGAGCUGCCCUUUGACUUGGUAUUCUCUAUGCAGUGGCUGAAGGCAGUCAACCCAAGGAUCGAUUGGCAGAUCCCAAAGGUUGAGCUACCUAAUAGCCAGGGUGUGUAUCAGCCAUGCAUGAUUGUCGCUGAUCACGACCCUGAGACAUCUUGCUACUGCCUGAGAGCGAGGGAGUUUUAUUCUCUCUCCCGCCAGUACGACCAUGAGCGUCUGUUUAUUGCUUUGGUCAAGCAAAUAGAUGCUCCCCCUGUUUCAUGUCCUCCUGAGAUACAGCAGGUGGUUAACAAGUAUGCUGAUCUGAUGCAGGAGCCCUUUGGAUUACCCAACCGGCCAACCAAGCAUCACAUUGAGUUGCUGCCUGGAGCGGUCCCUCCCAAGGGCCGCAUCUACAGGAUGUCCCCUGCUGCGCUAGAGGAGCUCAGAAAGCGGCCUGAGACCCUGAUCAGCAAGGGCUGGAUCAGACCCAACACUUAUGAAUUCGGUGCACCAGUUCUCUUUGUACCCAAAGGGAAUGGCGAGUUCAGAAUGUGUAUUGACUACAGGGGUCUCAACAAGAUCACUAGGAAGAGUACWRAGCCACUUCCUAGGAUCRACGACCUCCUGGASAUGGUGCAGGGCUGCACAGUGUUCAGCAAAGUCGACCUCAAAUCUGGCUACCACCAGAUUGAGAUGGCAGAGGAGGAUGUCUACAAGACAGCCUUCAAGACCAGGCCUUACCUGGACAAGUUUAUGGUUGUCUACCUGGAUGAUAUCCUGGUAUUCAGCAAAACUGCCAGGGAACAUGCGGAGCAUUUGGCUCUUGUCCUUCAGUCGCUACGUGACAGCCAGUACAAGAUCAACAGAGAGAAGUCCUCUUUUGGAGUUCCCCAUGUUAUCUAUCUGGGUCAUGUAAUCUCUGGAGAUGGUCUGGCUCCUGAAGCAGCCAAGAUUGCUGCGAUCCAGGAGUGGCCUCAACCACAGGCAGUGAGGGAUGUCAGGUCCUUCAUGGGACUAGCCUCGUACUACAGAAAGUUUGUCAGGCUCUUUUCUGCAGUGGCUGCACUCCUGACCAACCUAACAAAGAAAGAUACUCCCUUUCUUUGGUCCCUUUCCUGUCAGUUGGCCUUGACUCGUGCGCCUGUGCUGAAGCUACCUGACCCCACUUUGCCAUUCAUCGUGACCACUGACGCCAGUCAGUAUGGCAUUGGGGCAGUUCUUCAACAGGAUGAUGGGAAUGGUCUACGGCCUUUUGAGUUUAUGAGUAAGAAGAUCAAGACUGAAAAGCUUCAGGACUCCACCUACGAGAAAGAGCUAUAUGCUCUUGUCUGUGCCCUGAAACAUUGGAAGCACUUUCUCCUGGGAAGACACUUCAAGAUCUUCUCAAAUCACUCCACCUUACAGUGGAUGAAGUCCCAGGGAGAGUUAAAUGACAAAUUGGCACGGUACAUUCAGUUCAAAGACAUGUUUGACUUUGAACUGAAGCAUAAGAAGGGUUGCUACAACAAGGUAACAGAUGCCCUCUAUCGUAGGCCUGACUCUUUUGCUCUCAUCUCCUCUACUCACUCCUUUGGAGAGGAGACCCGUCAGACCAUUGCUCGUCUACUGCCUCAGGAUGAGACUUUCGGACCCAUUGUCAGGAAUCUGCAAGAAGAUCCUAACUUUGAUCCAAGCUAUGCUCUGAGUUCAGACCUGCUGUAUACUUACAGUAGAGGGGAGGAACGCUUGUGCAUUCCCCAGGACCAGCGGCUCAGGACACUGCUGAUGUCAGAGUGUCAUGAUGCCCGUGGACAUUUUGGGUUCCUAAAGUCAUAUGCAGCCCUGUCGCAGCGCUUCUUCUAAAGGAGAUGCGUAGUGAUAUGCUGCGUAUGUGGACACCUGUGAGCUUUGCCAAAG